GGUUGGGGCAAGCAAGUAUUUAAAGGGGACCGAACCAAGUUCCUUAAUUUGUUUUGCACAAAGCGGAGAAAAGAGAACUUUCUUCGUGUCUUCGCGCUUAGGUGAUCUUGAUUAAUUCAGUACCCUACAUCUUCUUCAACUGAGCAUUUUGAUAUUGAACGGCAAGAGAUGGCAGAGGAGGGUCACAAGGUCACUUUGAAUGUAUAUGACCUAAGCCAAGGACUAGCUAGGCAGAUGUCCAUGGCUUUCUUGGGGAAAGCCAUCGAGGGCAUAUGGCACACAGGAGUUGUGGUUUAUGGUAAUGAGUACUAUUUUGGGGGAAGCAUACAACAUGCUCCUGCUGGAUCUACACCAUAUGGGACACCAAUACGCGUGGUAGAAUUGGGUGUCACACAUGUGCCCAAGGAUGUUUUUGAGAUGUAUUUGCAGGAAAUCAGUCCCCGGUAUACUGUGGAAACCUAUAGUUUACUUAAUCACAAUUGCAACAACUUUAGCAAUGAGGUUGCUCAGUUUUUGGUGAGUGCAACCGUUCCAGACUACAUUCUGCAGCUCCCUAAUGAAGUUAUGGGCAGUCCAAUGGGUGCUCUUAUUUUGCCCAUGAUGCAGAAUUUGGAAGCAACACUGAAAAGUGGUGCUGCUCCUCAAGCUCCACAAUUCAGGCCCCCUGUGGUUCAACCAACAACGAAUGUCGUGAAACCCUUGAGUAGUAGUUCUAACACCGAGAAUGGUGCUAAAUCGAAAUCUGGAGGGCAGCAGCUCACCAAGUCGGAGGAACGGGGAACAUCACAGAGUGCUGUCAAACCUGCCAAUGGGGUUGUAGAUCCUCUUGGGGAUGCUCGAAGUAAGGUGCAAGAGGAAAUCUCUGCUGAAUUUGCUGCAAUCAUGGCAAGUGGAACAUUCCGUGCAAGCGAGGCUGCAGCACUUGCAACAAGAAGAGUGAUGCAGAGAUAUGGUCAUGAAAGUUCAACGGUGUCGCAGAGUUAACAGAUAUAAGGAUGCAAGUCUCUCUAUUUGUUUCUGGGUUGGUCAUUUGGAUUUGGCAAUUAAUUCUAGGAAGCUGCUGUCCAAUUUGCUUCUUAACGGGGACUGGGGACUUAUUCUCCCACCAUUCGAAUUUUAAUUUUAAUUUAUCAUAAGAUAUAUUGUUAUGAAGGAAUUUGCUUGGAGAAGCGAUCAACAAUGGUACUUGUCAAGGUUGAGUCAGUAUGGCUCCUCCGGUGGACAAUGCAGUGUCUUUGUAAUUUUUAGUGUUAUUUUUUGGCUUGACAAUUUUAAAAUUU